CCGGUUUCCACGUCAAAGUUUGAACAGCCCACCCCCGAAUAAAAAAAAGUGUGACCAGGUAGUUGCACCUACAGAAGCGGUACAUCGAGGACAUCCAACAGAGACAACCAAGGGACAAAAAAGGAAAGGGGACUGUUUGAGGAAAACGUUUAAGAGAUUUUGGCAUCGCAGUUUACGACAAGAUCGGAUCCAGCGCGAAGGAAACAACGAUGUCAACACAUGGCAGGAGCAUUCUUCCACUAACUGGUGUGGCAUGGACGUCAAAUCCUCAGACUUGUCCCAAAGAUUACAAAGUGAUUUCCAAUACCCAUGAUGGAUCAAGCGCAAACUUUGGCAAAGGAUUUGGGAUCAAAUCAGGCUAUUACCUCUGUUACACCAUGACGACCCAGAGUCCCACAGUGGUGGGUGACAUUCAGCUCAUAUCGGAGAAGGAAGCCAUUCCUCAUGGAUAUACUUACGUUUCUGAAUUCCUGGAAAACAAAGCUUCAAUUUCCAAGAAGAAACGCCUCUGUGUAAAGCCUGUGCCCGCUUCAUACGCAGAUGUGAUCGUUGUGGACAUCAAAGUGACGGCGAAGAGCAAAAUGAUAAUCCCACACUACACAUGUGUCGGAGAUUUCAAUGGGUAUGUAAUUUGGUGCAAGAAGGAGAGGGUAGCCAUUGCAAAACCACUUCCUAAACCUCGUAACAUCCAUGUGAACAUGAAAGACCUGGCCAUUGAUGGCAACUCCUCAUCUAUGCAAGAACAAAGCAGCAAUGAUUUUGCGCCCACAGCCCCACCGCUGACCAACCGUCGCAGUGGUUUGGACCUUAAAGAUCCUAUUUACAACACAUCUGGGAUCUAUGGCAUUUCCGCCAUGGAUGGUGUGCCAUUUGCUUUGCAUCCGAAAUUUGAAAGACAUUCCAGCAACAGUGUGGCCGUUUCCAACUUGAACAUGCAAAUCAAAUCUCUUGUUGACAUUGAAAAUGAGUACGACUACAGUUUUGUGGUGGAGAAGACGGCAGCUGGUGGUUCUGUGGUCAGAAGCAUGGUGGAGUCCUCCUGAAGGUGCUCUAGCACACUGCCUCAAUGCCUGGUGACAAAUGUCCGUCAGAGGUGUGUUUAGUCCCUUUUCCUGCUCUUCAAGACGAUGGAGUUUCAGUAGCACUAGUUGCCAAGCUUGAUACUUGGUACAUUUUGUGAAGUAAUUUAUUUAGCUUCCCUAUUUGUGUUUUUACUCAACAUCUACAAUUUCUGAACAUCCUUCACACAUCCCUUGACAAUAUGAUAUUGGCAAACGUUGACAUUUGUAGAAGCCAGGGGUGGAACCAUAAUGGGCCUUAACUAGCGUCUGCAUCCUGGUGCCAUGCCUGGCUGGGAGAAUGCAAAUACGUGGCGUGGUGCAAACAUUCGUCAUGCCCAGCGUGAAGAGUACUGUAUUCCCUCCGAGGCUCCAGCCCAGGGUGACGCCGUCCACUUCGUUACUCUCUGACCCUGAAGGACACUCGGAUCAACCUCACUGAGUGGAUAGCUUUGACGUGCACGUGAAAUGACCGUCCGUGUUCCACCUGAUCUCGAAGGCUAAAUAUCCUUUAUAUAAUAAAAUGUCCAGCAGCAAUUUCAUACAGAGGUAGAGGUUUUUGUAGAAAUUAUGAUAAUAUUUUUAAACAAUUUUUACUGUGUGUCUGGUUUGAGGCCUAUGUUAGGCCAAAGACAUAAAACUGUAAAGGGACACGGGGAUAACAAACGUGGAGAACUGUCUGCUAAGCUUUAACAUUAUGUUUAUUUAAAUAAACUGUAUCACUCUGUUAAUUACCUUA